CGUAAGUAUGGAGGCGCGCAAUGCAUUGAGGGUAUGCAGCCCUGGUCCACCUCUUGGCGUUAAUCCGCUGUUCAAAAAUUGUCUCAUUAUUGGGGAAUCAAUUUCUCUUGGAUAUCUUACGACGGUGAAGGGUGAACUUAAAGGUUUAUGUCAGGUUCAGCACGCGCCAUUUGCUAAGGGGUCUGGAGCUGUGGACUCCAGAUACGGCCUACAGUGCCUAUCUAUGAUGCUUAGCACCACGUCACUAGAACCAACUCAUUAUGAUGCAGUUGUUUUUAAUUUUGGAAUGCACGACAUCGAUUAUAGCAAGUUGUUUCCAGAGGAAUUCGUCCCAAUAGAAGACUAUGGCCAAAACCUCAGGAAAAUUAAAAAUAUUCUUCUCCAAAGUGGAGCUCAGGUAGCUUUUGCUCUCACAACGCCUGUUCCAAUCGCUGGACUGAGGAACAAAAGAGUUAUUGCGUACAACAAAGAGGCUUUAAGAAUAAUGGAGGAAGGCCCGAGGGUGGAUAUCAUUGACCUUCAUGCUGCGGUCAUCAAAGUUUGCGGGGAGCCACCGUACGAUACUUGCAGUAUCAUGAAACAACCUCGGGACGUGCAUUUUAAUCCCAAAGGAAGUCAUAUCCUUGGGAUCAAAGUUGGUGCCACAUUACGGGGCCUAUUAUCCAGAGCGAAACCCCGAGGCCAAUUUUCUCCUCCCAAAGCCCCAGAACUGUCGACAAGAGAAGGGUUAGCAAGUUCUUAUCUACACGAUGAUACGUCAUUUUGUCCUGAUAUGGUAACUAGAUGUCCUGCAAGGACAACGUGCUGUGAGGAUUUGUUGUCCUUAACUGGUUACGGAUGUUGUAUGGAGCCUAAUGCAGUAAGUUGCCCGGAUAGUUGGCACUGUUGCCCCCGGGGAUCCCAUUGCUCCCCAAGUUGUAGCUUCAGAUCAUGCAAAUGUGUUUUCCCUUCUACGCAUCCCAUUGCGGAAAACUUUACCAAGGAAGGGACGAAGAUCAAUAUGAGAUCAAAGUCUGAGUCAGAGACACAUGCCGCAGGUAGUGUACCCGUUGAGAAAGCAAUGGCGAAACAUUUGAUGUCGAAGGAGAGAAAGGAGAAGGAAAACAAACAUAAAGCGAAGCUGGAUAAUAAUCAAACAAAAUUACAUGAAAAGGUUGGAGGAAAAUCAAAACAUAUAGUUAAGCCAACAGAGAGCAAAACGGACGGACUAAAGCAAGGACGGAAGCAUAAGGCACGAAAGAAGACGAAGAAGAAUAAAUCAAAACCAUACAAAAAUAGUUUGGGAAUCCACAAAUCAAUGAAAUCAAGGAAAGCUAAAACAAUCCAGAAGAUUAGCAAAAAUGUUGUCAAGGCCCACAGGAAACAUCAAAAGACAAGAUUCCACCACAAAAAGAAACAACAGUGGAUUAAUGUAUUUCAUCACCGAUUCGGUGCACUGAAGAAGCGCAAGCCUCACAUUAAGUUUUCUCACACCUGGGGAAAAGAAAAGCAUCAGAAAUUGUCAUUCAAAUCAAACAAACAUACGGAAAGGAGGCCAAUAAUAGAUGUGUCCAUGACAGAAGAACUCAAACACCUCAUUGUUAAUCAUCGAAAGGAGAAGCUCCGUGCGAGAUUGAGGCUCCAUAGUGAUAAUUCUUUGAAAUAUUUGUAUGAAAGUAAAAAAAAUGGGUACAUUCAAAGGAAAAAGUCAAAAACAUUAAAGAAAUUGAAAGGAAGAAAGUCUCACCGAGUUAAAAUAAGGAGGAUUUUCAGUCAGCAUAAGGCAAAGUAUCAUAAAAAACAUUUAUACCGCGCGAGGAGGCCCAGUAUACGUUAUAAACUGAAAAAAGAUGGAUUCCCCAGAAAAUUUGCAAAAGUAAAUGCCGAAGGUACUUCAGAGCACGGUCACUUGAAGAAAACAUGA